CUUAAUAAAUCUCUCAAAUCUAAUUUAUUAAAUCCAUUUCAAAUCCGCCCUUUCUCUCUCUUAAAAAACAACUCAGAUAGACAUUUGAGUCAAAAUUAUUUCUGCAACUUUUCUCUUCAGUUUUUUUUCCCUCCUCUGCAAAAUCCAAACCCAAAACUAGAGUAAAAAUUGAGACAUUAGGUUUUCUUCUUCUCAGCAAAAUUUGGAGUAAUUUUAGUGUAAAUUUUGAAUCUGAGUGUGAGGAGGAGAAUAAUUUGAGAAGCUAUGGAUGCAGCUGGACAGUAUAAUCCAAGAACAGUUGAAGAAGUUUUUAGAGAUUUUAAAGGGAGAAGAAUUGGAAUGAUUAAAGCUCUUACUACUGAUGUUGAAGAAUUUUAUCAACAGUGUGACCCUGAGAAGGAAAAUUUGUGCUUGUAUGGAUUCCCUACUGAACAAUGGGAGGUCAAUUUACCUGCUGAAGAGGUCCCUCCUGAGCUUCCAGAACCUGCACUCGGUAUCAACUUUGCUAGAGAUGGGAUGCAAGAAAAGGACUGGUUAUCUCUGGUUGCGGUUCACAGUGAUGCGUGGUUACUUGCAGUUGCAUUUUAUUUUGGUGCCAGAUUUGGAUUUGAGAAAAAUGACAGGAAACGCUUAUUCAGUAUGAUAAAUGACCUUCCAACUAUCUUUGAGGUUGUUUCUGGUGCUGUGAAGAAACCAGUGAAGGAAAAGACAGCGGCGUCAAACCUCAGCAGCACCAAACCCAAGCCGAGCCCAAAAGUGCAACGGGUGGCUGAACCUCAACCAAAGUUUGCCAAGCCACUGCCAGCGCCCAAGGAUGAUGAUGAUGAAGAAGAAGGAUCCCUGGAUGAAGAGGAAGACGAGCAUGGAGAUACUCUCUGCGGCGCAUGUGGGGAGAACUACGCGUCAGAUGAGUUCUGGAUCUGCUGUGACAUCUGCGAGAAGUGGUUUCAUGGAAAGUGUGUCAAGAUCACUCCAGCGAGGGCUGAGCACAUCAAGCAGUACAAAUGCCCAGCUUGCAGCAACAAAAGAGCACGCCCUUGAUGAAUUAUCUUUAUCUUGUAUUUGUAUCUCAUUAGUGGUGUGCUUUGUGAAAAAAGGAUGAUUUUUCUUCUUCUUUUUCUUGAGAUGUUUUCGUGUUCUUGUAGUGACAAUUAGUUCCUUGAACAUUUCACUGAUAGAUGAUGUAUUAAGUUCAAUUCUUAAGUUAGGAGAUCUGUUCCCUCACU